AUGUACGACUUUACUUUGGAGCAACGACAGAAACUUUUCGCCGGUCACCAAGUGUUUAUCACCAACCACAAGUCAAUUCUUCCGCCGGUGAAAGACUUAGUAAAAAUUGUCGAAUGUGCCGGUGGAACAGCAGUAGCUAAUGGCAGUGCUGGUCCAACCGACGUGGUUAUUUCGAGUGAGACAGCCUUGGCCACGGCAUCAGCUCGCAGAGCAUUGGCGCUGGCAAAUCCGGCGCGCAUCUACUCCUCCGAGCUCAUUCUGAGUAGCAUCUUGCAGCAGCACAUCGAUUUCACCAAAAACCGUCUAGAGACUACAAGCGGCGGAAGUCGCCGGCGCAAGUAG